AUGAAAGUUUCAGCCCCAGAGAAAAAGCCAUCAUUGUUGAAAAUUGAUGAUUCCACUUUGGACAAUAGACAUUUGCUUAGAAACAGUUUUAAGGAUUUGCAAGUGUCUGUUCUCAGCCCAAGCUCAGUUUAAAGUGACGAGAAGAACAUUAUGAAUCUUUACAGUACUUCGUAGAAGACUAUUGAUAAUAACAGUUAUUCAAAUGAAUAUCUGAUAAAGAAGAACUUUAUUACUCCAAAAGUGUGGCUCAGAGAUUAAAAAUCUUAAUAAGCAUACGCAUUGUCUCACUAGUCACCUCCAAUUGAUGUCUAAAAUUAGGAUGGAAGUAUAACUUAAUUGGAUAGGGAAUCAGCUAGCAUUGUUUUAGCAGAUAAUAAGGACUGGAAUGAAUAGAAAUAUUAACUGGUAAUAAAACAAAAAAAAGACAAGAAAAUUGGAAUGAUUGUUGAUUGUUUAAAGUUGAAUAACACAGCAAAGCGCAAAGUUGCUUACACAAUGAGGAAUACUCUUAAUGACAAUCAUCAAAUGAUCAAUACUCAUUAUAAAAGCAAUCUAGAAGGAGGCACCUAAAUAUUGAGUGACUCUAAGGAGAGAUUGCCUAAAAUGAGAACUAAAGAUUUAGCCAAAUAGAUUCAAGAGAUGAAAUUAAAGAAAAUUGAGAAAUUUACCAAGGCUUAUGUCAAAGAUUAUACUGUAUUUAACUAUAAGAUUGAUAGUGUUUUGAAUGAAGCUUAUGGAUUUGUAAAGAAUCAUAACAGAUGA